AUGGCAAGCUCUUGCAGCCCAGCAGCUGACCGAUUAUUUGGGCCUCCCAUCCACGGUUGCCACUACUUAGAUUUUACUCUCCUCUUCGAGCAAGUCGUGUUCGGCAUCAUCCCAUCAGCAUGUUUUCUUCCAGCAGUGGCCUGGAGACUGCUCCAGCUCCUCAGACAGUCCACGAAAAUCAGAUUGACAUCGAACCAGCAUGCCAAGGUCUCCAUUUGGGUGAAAAUCAUUCUGAGCCUUGCCUUGAUCUGCAGCCAACUUGCCUUACUGAUGCUCUGGGCAAUGGCCCCGCAUUAUCGCAAUAAAGCCACCAUUGCGUCGCUCUGCCUGUCAUUGACGUGCUCACUGAGCAUUCCGGUGCUUUCCUGGAAUGAGCAUAUGCGAUCCAUCUCGCCUUCUAAUUUGCUAUGCUCCUAUCUCUUUUUCAGCACGUUGUUUGAUGGUGUCCAAGCCCGGACAUUAUGGCUCCGUGGUACUUCGACUAUUGCUGGGACUUUUACUGCAGGGUUGAGUAUUCGUUUUUUGAUGCUCAUUGCGGAGUUACAGGAAAAGCAGAAGUAUUUGAAGCCGCCAUUCGCUGCUUAUCCGCCAGAGGUGAAGGGGGGCAUGGUGAAUCGAGUUGUCUUUUGGUGGCUGAAUCCCCUGUUGGCUCGUGGUGCUCGCGGCUUGUUGGAUCUCGGCCAUCUCUUUCCUAUUGACUCUAAUCUUGAGGCCGAGGUUGUGCAGACGAGAUUUAGUGCGAAAUGGCAAUCUGCACAAAAGUAUCACCAUGGAGGUCAGCACAUGUUGCUGCUGGCGACAUUGUCUUGUGUUCGACAAACCCUGAUCUGGACAGCAAUCCCUCGGAUUGGUUUGAUUGGGUUCAAAAUUGCCCAGCCGUUGCUACUAAAUCGUGUGAUUCGAUACCUCUCUUCUGCCGCCUCUGAAGACGAUGCGGUUGGACGGGCACUUAUUGGAGCUACAGUCCUGAUCUAUGUGGGCACGGCGGUUACGACAUCGCUCUAUAAGCAUGGGAUCAAUCGUGUCAUUGCUAUAAUGCGAAGCAUGCUGGUGGUUGCACUAUAUAAAAAGACGCAACAUCUUGAUACGGCUACGGUGAGCAACUCAGCAGCGCUGACGUUAAUGAGCACCGACACAGAAAGCAUCUGUAACAAUUUGAUGCGUUUAGAUGCUUUAUUUGCCUCUCCGAUUGAGGUGGGGCUUGCCUUGUUCUUCCUUGGGAAACAAGUAAAAUUGGCAUGCCUGGCAUCGGUUGGAUGUGCCCUGGCAGCAAUCCACCUCAGCUAUGUUGUGGCCGCCCGUUCACCCCCACGUCAGAGGAAAUGGAAUCAGGCGGUCCAGAAGCGCAUUGCGACUACCGCGUCAGUCCUCGGUUCAAUUAGAAGCAUUAAGCUGCUCGGUAUAUCUUCUUUUGUGCAACAGCGGAUAUGUGACCUCCGCAACGCCGAGGUUGAAAGCGCUCGGGGGGCCCGGAUGCUCAUCAUGUGGAGAAAUGUUGUUGCAAAUAUACCCUCAAUUGCCGGACCGAUCCUUACUUUCACGAUUUUCACAAUGGUCUCAGGAAGUGAUGCGAUUACAUCAACAGACUCUUUCACCGUCCUCGCCCUGAUUGCUUUAGUCAUUCAGCCCAUCCAAGUCUUUGUCCACGGAAUCACCCAACUAGGAGUUGCUCUAGGUUGUUUCAAGCGAAUCCAGGACUACCUUCUAAUACCAGAAGUAGAGAAUGAUCACCCUUACAACGGUGUCGCGACGGAAAAGGCCGUUUCAAGUGGUAGUGUGUUCGAGCUUGAGACCCUUCCAAUGAAAGGCACAAGAUGUCUGUCGGUACGCAAUGCCAGCUUCAAAUACGCAGACGCUACAACACCGAUUUUGACCAAAGUUAACAUUGAGAUACACCCCUCUACAUUGACAAUCGUCACCGGGCCUACCGGCUCCGGAAAGUCUUCCCUACUCAAAGGACUCAUAGGAGCAGUACCCUGCAUUGCUGGUUCUUACUCAAAAGAUGUGACAAUGGCUUAUUGUGCACAAGAACCUUGGUUACCGAAUGUCUCUGUUCGGGAACUCGUCAUCGGUCCUUCUUACUGUGAUGAAGAAUGGUAUACCGCUGUUCUUCAUGCCUGUGCACUAGACGAAGACAUCUCUACCUUUUCCGAAGGGGACAGGACCUGCGUGGGCUCCGGGGGUACUGCCCUAAGUGGUGGUCAAAAGCAACGGCUGGCAAUGGCGCGGGCCAUUUACUCGCGCAGAAAGCUCCUGGUUCUUGACGACGUACUCAGUGCAUUAGACAUUAUCACUGCUAAAAAGGUGUUUGAUCGUGCUUUGGGGCCGCGAGGUCUAUGCAGAACUCACAACGUGGCAGUUAUUCUCGCCUGCAGUGAUCCUGAGCGUAUUUCCUCAGCUGAUGCUGUCGUGACCCUUAAUGAUGGCACUGCCACAUCUGGAAUCCCGCCCGAAGUUCCUGUUGAAAAAAUUGUCUCCAUACUGAGUGAUACCGAAGCCAGUCCUAAUGAUAAACAGCACCCCGUGACAACAGGAACGGAGAGCAAACUGAUUGAGUCACGUCAGGACCUGCCACGCAGGCUUGGUGAUUUCUCGGUCUAUCAAUACUACCUGAAAGCAAUUGGUUGGAAACCUUCUGUCGGCCUCUUCGGGCUUAUAGUGGUGCAGAUAUUUGGGACCAAAUUUCCUACUCUGUGGCUCCAGUACUGGUCGGACCAUGACUUCAACUACUCCCUGGGGGUUUAUCUGGGCGUGUAUGGAGUUUGUGCUGUUAUUCAGCUGGUGGGCACCAUGCUCAGUAUUUUUUGCCUCAUCUUGCUCUUAGUGCCAAAGAGCGCUCGCCGUUUGCAUGGGCAGUUGUUGAUCGCUACGAUGAAUGCGCCAUAUUCAUUUUUCACCAUGCAUGACAGUGGGACUAUCCUGAACAGAUUCAGCCAAGACCUCUCUCAGAUCGACAACCAAUUGUCUGGCGCACUUCUCAUGACCAUUGUUGGGGCAUGCCUGUUGAUCGCCGAGGUCAUGCUUAUUGCUGCGGGAAACAAGUAUAUCGCGAUUACAGUGCCAUUUGUGAUUACAAUAUUCUACGCCCUGCAGAACUUCUAUCUGCGCACCUCGCGUCAGCUUCGGCUCUUGGAAUUGGAGGCGCAGAGCCCUCUUUAUACUCACUUUCUCGAAACCGCCUCGGGUACGGACACAAUCCGUACAUUUGGCUGGCAAGCCAUGUGGGCGACGCGGUGUCAUCAUUUGGUCGACAGGGCGAUCCAGCCAUACUAUACCCUUUUUUGCAUACAACUUUGGUUGAAUCUUGUCCUGGACCUUAUGGCUGCCGGGUUGGCUACUGUGGUGGUGACCGUGGCGGUCGAGUUACACUCAUCAGUCAGUACUGGUGCGAUUGCCGUGUCUCUGCUAAACAUUCUGGGCUUUAGCAGCAGCCUAUCGUAUCUCAUUACCUCGUGGACACAGCUGGAGACCACUCUUGGCGCAAUCGCUCGCAUCAAAAACUAUGAAGAUACGCUUCCCAGGGAGGAUGCCCUAAAUUUGGAAAUUGUUCGGCCGCCUCCCGAGGACUGGCCGUCUCGUGGCUCGAUCAGACUUGAUCACGUCUAUGCAAGCUACGAGGACAACCCAAGUCCCCAUCGAUGCAUACUUCGAGAUGUCACAUUGACCAUCCAUUCGGGACAGAAAGUAGCAGUUUGCGGCCGGAGCGGGAGUGGCAAGAGCUCUCUCAUGCUCCUUCUUUUCCGGCUUCUUGAAGCUACAUCUGGCUCUGUAUUCAUUGACGAGAUCAAUCUGCGCGAGAUACCCUGCAGCAAUCUACGACAGCGUCUGACCGUAAUCCCUCAAGACCCUUUUCUAUUGCCAGGAACGCUACGUUACAAUCUCGAUCCCAGCGGCCAGUCCCCAGACGACGCGAUGCUUUCCGCUCUGGAUAUGGUAGGCUUAGGGAAGGAUCCUAGUACACGCCAACCCUAUUCUCUCGACCUCCAAGUGAGUGAUGCGACCUUUUCCCGCGGUCAAUGUCAGCUUGUGAGUCUCGCACGAGCUCUCCUCCGCCGCAGUAAAACAAAGCUUCUUGUUCUUGAUGAAAUCAGUGGCAAUGUGGAUAUCGCCACGGAGCGAUUGAUGUUCCAAAUUAUUCGGGACCAUUUCAAGCAUGUCACAGUGGUUGCAGUGACCCAUAGACUGAGAUGUAUCCGGGACUUUGACCAGAUUGUGAUCAUGCAGGAUGGCUGUAUUGUGGAAACUGGAGACCCAGCCGACCUGCUUGGUAGGCCGAGUCUGUUCAAGCAGUUAUGGGAUGAGCAGUAACACAUCACAUAUGGCAUAUAGCAUGCGAUGGUGAAAGCGUUAGCCAAUUACGCAUGGAGUUCUCAUC